AUGGUUAACAUCAGACAAGCCAAGAAGAAGAGAUCUUCUUUGCCCAAGGCAAAGGCCAAGAGAUCCGGCCUCCUCAAGAGCGGCAAGAAGAAGAUCAAUGUCUUGGGAAAUGCCAUCAUUGCGGAAAAUUGGGACCGCAAGCAGACCCUCACUCAAAACUACCGCCGCUUGGGUCUCGUCCACCGCCUCAAUGCUCCCUCUGGUGGUUCUCAGAAGCGCGCAACCGUGAACGGUAUCGAAGGAGAGCCCGAAGAUUCGUUGUACAUCAAGAGCAGCACUGAGGCGCUUGCCAAGCAAACCGCCACAAGCGAUAUCAAGGUUGAGCGUGAUCCCGAGACUGGCAAGAUUCUGCGUGUGAUUCGCGGUGCGGCCGACGAAGAGGUCGAAAUCGCCGGACGCAAGGUCAAGCGCAACAACCCGCUGAACGACCCCUUGAACGACCUGUCGAAUCAUGGGAUUGUUACACAGCCCCGCCAAAAUGCCUCCGGAAAUGCUAUUGUUGAGCAACUCGAACGCCAGGCUGCGCAGGAGGGAGUUUCCGUCAGGGCGAAGAAGCCGCGCCAUCAGAGCCAGAGAGAGGAAGAGUGGGUGACGAGAUUGAUUGAGAAGCACGGGGACAACUACGCAGCCAUGGCUCGCGACCGGAGAUUGAACCCGAUGCAGCAGACGGAAGGAGACUUGAAACGGAGGAUCCGCAAGUUCCAGCAAAGCCGGUCAUGA